AUGCGGUACAUUGGUCGGCCUGGCCGACAGCGGCCCUGGUGGCUCGCUGUCGGCAUGUUGACCUGUAUUCUGUUCUUCACCGUCGUAUCAGCCGCUCCUGCUCGUUCCGACGGUACAGAGGACAAUCGGAAUGUACCUGCUGAACAGCAAGAGUCAAGCUUCCGACCCGUCAGCAGGGAAAUUCAGCCUGUUUCUGGCAACGAACAUGUCGCAACCCCUCGAGCUCGUGUCAGCGAAAUCCAUUCGGCUUCCAGUUCUGAUGAUGAAUUCGACCAGGUGCCUCAGGGCAAGCAUCCAGCUUCCUCUAGGCUUACUGACCAUAGCGCGUCGAGUCUGGCCAAGAAGAACGGCGCUCUCCACUUUCCUUCCGCAGCCAGUGAUUUGAACUUUGCUGGUCAACCUGCACACAUCGCCAACGAAGUGCCGGUCACCGACGGAAGCUAUCAAGACCCGGGCCGUAAGGGCAACAAGUUGGCUCUUCAACGAGAGAUCAAACGGAUCUUGAGAUGGCGCGAAGCUACGCAGCGAGUCGACUCGACAUUCCGGAAGGUUGCCCGCCGAUGGGAGGAAACGAAGAGUGUAAGGCAGCAACUGGCAGAAGCAAAGAGACUUGCUCGGCUGCAAAAGCAGCCCGGAGAAAUCGAAGUCUCUGUUCGGCACCAGCUGACGCAGCAAGAGAUCGAAGCGCGCAGGAGCGCUAGAGUCGCCGCGGAAGCAGAAGAGCCCAGCCCCGCCGCCGCUCAAGAGUCCGAGGCUGCUGCUGCUGCUAUUGCUAGAUCAAGAGCGGAAUCUGCUCCUGCAACUCCAGGAUUCGAGCCCGAAGAAGAAAGGACUCGUCACCACGGACAACCGACUAUUUUCGAGCGUCUGUCGUCCGGCAACUCCAGAUAUGCAGACGCAGUGGUCCUCAGCAGGUCCCCAAGCUCCCCGCGUGACGCUUUCAUGCUGUUUCAUCAGGCCGAAGGACGUUCCAAAGAAGGGGCCGGGGUGCUCACCGAUGUACUUCACGGAGAGGCCCUACCUAAAUUGUCGCUCUCUGAAAUGGACCGGCUUCGUUUGGUUCAUGUGCAAAAGAGGGGCGAUGCUGCGUCGUCAUCGGAAUCCAGCUUCGCCACGCUUCAAUACAAAGGCGAAGGAUGGAAGAAUAUGUCCAACGGCAACGGGCAGAUCUUCUUCCAUAGGCAUUCACCGUACAAGGAUCUCGGCUUCAGGCCUACGCUUUUCGAGGAAUGGGAUCCAGUAUCUCAAGAACAAAUCAAAAAACUCGUUCCUGGCGUCAAGAAACUCAAGAAGAACGGCUGGGACCUCAGCAAGUUGAAAGCGAAAGAGACGCCAGUGAUUGGCGAGUGGAAUGACCGCAGUCUGGGCACUUACCACUUCGAAGAUAGGAAGCCGCAGAGGAUCGACAUUCGGCAUGGCUACCAAGGUUGGCAGUUCUCACACCUUACCAGGAAUGGCAAAGACCGCGUUUGGGCCCCUUUCGAUCGACUUCCUCAGCAUCUGCAAGAGGCUUUGCGAUGGGAGAGUACGCUAGCUGGUAGGUCUGCUUGGAAAAGUGCCAUUCCCCACAGACCGCUCAGGAAGAGAUUCGUCACCUCUUCUCACCUAGACGGCCACGCGGUGGACGAGGGCCCUGGCAGAGGCGCUGCGGGCUCUGAUGGGGCCUCUCCUUUCUCCUAUCAAGAUGGACCACGGGAGCUCUCGGGGUUGCAGAGGAGGGGUUCGACAGAAUCCAAGCAGAAAUACAAGCCGGUGAGAUCAAGCGCAGCAUCCUCAAGUGCAGGGCUCUCGAGCCAAGGCUACCCGAUCGAGCCACCUCUGGAAGUCCAAGGUACUUUCUAUUAUCCGGGAAAAAGGAUCGUGAUCUCGCGUCUCGGUAGAGGGCGUGAUCUUUAUCACUUCAACCUCUUUCCUGAGACGGGAACAAUGUCUUACCAGUCCUACUCGUGGUCAAGGCUGCCGCCAGCUCUCAAGGAAGCGCUGAUAGGGAGUAUUGAGCACCUUGACACGGUCGCAGGGUCUGACCUGCCCGCAGAAGCCGCAGAGCGCCACAACAUCAGACUUGCACCGCACCCGCUCGACACCUCCUAUGCAUACGAGGAUCCUCGGUUCCCAUCAGAAAGCAUUGAGAUUUCACGCAACGGGCAAGGAAACGUCGUCUUCAAGAGACCCAAUCGUUCAUGGGUCACGUUCGGGAAGCUGGACCGCCACUUGCGGAUGUUCAUGGAGAAUGCCGACCGUACGCCACUUCUGGAUGAGGCUGUAAGAGCUUAUGAGGCGGCGAAGGGUAAAUUUCCGAAGCGAGCUGUCGACACGGAUGCCGAAAAAGAAGAUCAAGUUGAAUGGCGAGCUGACCCUUCGCCGAGUUCUCACCUCACGGACGAUCCAUCUGUAGAACGGAAGCUCUCGACGCUGCAGAAGAGGGGAGGAAAGUACUCUUCAACGGGGGACUCCUCAGAGGCGGGGCCCUCAUCGGCAGGUUACUCAAGAAUAGAUGGCGAACGAGAAACUUUUGAUUACCCCGGCCGGCUGAUCACCAUCACGUACGAAGGCUUGCACAGCCCUCCCUUCCUGUUUCAUGAAUUGAACGAAGAUAGAACAGGAAGGAUUCAGUCCUAUAAGUGGCCGCAACUGCCUGACGAUGUCCGCGUUGGGUUGACAAAACAAGCCGAGAACCUUCCCACGGUUAUGCAGUCCAGCUUGUCAGCGAGGGGAGCAGAGGCUGGCGGUGUCAAGAUCGCUUCAAGCUUAAAUGACGUGUCCAAGGCUUAUAGGCACCCUCUCUACCGACCAGAAACCAUCAAGUUGAAACGAAAAAAGCCAGGAAAGGUUGCCUUCAAGAGACCAGGUGGUCAAUGGUCUGAGCUAGACAAACUGCCCGGUCACUUACGGUCGUAUAUGGAGAAAAAAGCUGGUGACUCUGGUCUUUUGGCCGAAGCCGUAGGAAAAGACCUCCGCACCCUCUCCAGGAGUGUACCGCCACGACCCUGGAAGCGGGCUGUCGACAUUGUUGACGAUAAGGCCCAUCAGGUGCAGAGACAAGUUAUCUCUUCAACUGGUUCAGAGGCUGGUCCAUCGACUAGUCCCUACCUCGACGGUCACACGGAGGCUAUGGAGCGUAGCAGAGGCGCUACGGUCAAUUCUAGCGCCUCCUCCUCACCCGAUCCAUCCGUCGACCGCGAAGCCUUGCGGCUGCAGAAGAGGGCAGAUACCUCCUCUGGAUCUUCGCGCAUUUUUGGUUACCCCGGGCAGAAGAUGUCGAUCACGCGCGCAGACAAGGACCACGAAUCUUACGAGCUACACCUGUUUCGCGAAAGUGAAGAAAGUCCUUACGGGUCCGGCUCCUGGUCAGUUCUGCCGGCCAAGUUCAAAAGAGUGGUUGCCAAAAAGCUGCCGUUCCUUCCCGCGAUCUUAGAAUCAGGCGUGUCAGCCAGGGAUGCACGUUUGGCUGGGAUCAAGGUAGCAUCAGAGCCUUUCGAUCCGAACAAUAUGUACUUCCAUCCCUCGUACCCGGCAGAGAACAUCGCAAUCUCGCGCGACGGCCAAGGUAACGUAGUGUUCAAAAGAGGGGGACGAGCCCCGGUCCCAUUCUCUCAGCUGCCCCCGCAUCUACGCUCCUACAUGCAGGAGGUGUCAAACCCUCCAGACAUUCUGCGCGAUACUAUCAGUACGUCCGACCCGCUGCCGUCUGUCUCGUACCCAGGAGAGCAUAUCCUUGUGACUCGAAACAAUGACGGCAGGUUUUGGCUUCACGAAUUGGCUCCUCAGCGCGGUCAACUCUAUACUCACAACACGGAGAGGCUGAACGAUCAUCCAAGAGCAUCGGCUUUGAUGAGUCUGGGAAAACUCAGGGUGGCGAGAAAUAUCGAGGAUCUGGGAGCGGCGAUCGAAAAUCCAGAGAAAGGACCGGAGCAGAUCCACAUCGAGCCCAUCAACGGCCAGCUCUGGUAUCAGCGACAGACCCCGUAUGUCACUCACGAGCCGGUCAUAUUCGACGAGCUGCCGGAGUAUCUGCAGCACUACCUGUUGACCUCACCGGAAGCGCUGCAGGUCAAGGCGGCGGCGACCAGAAGGUUGGGUCCUCUCCGCAAGCGAGCCAUCUCUGAGAGCGCGCGCGGCGACAAGGUCCUCCAAGCCCGCGCAGGUCAGGGCCUUAUCCCGACUGUGACGCUCGGCGAAAGCGGACCUUCUAGUGCUCCACGCGCACGAGGAGGGCAAAAGCGGACAUGGGGAGCAAAGGCGUCCAACUGGUUUGAGAAUUUGGUCAACCGAAAAGCGUCUAGCUCAAGCCCUCCCAGACCUUCAGGCGCAGUGGUGCGUCAUCGCACAAUCGAGUUCCCCGGACAAGGCAUAAAGGCCCUUCCAAAUGGCCGAGGGGGCUGGGCUUUUACGACCGUGCCGGCCUUUUACAAUCACAACGUAUAUAUCCGAACGUUCGAACAGCUGAACGACGACGAAAAGAAGUUGCUGCAAGGCGCCCAUCCAGGCAUACCAGCAAGUACAGACCACCUGCCAGGCGACGAAACCGGCAGCGGUCCGAACACACGAGUUGCUUUCUGGCCUGAGCAAGGUCCCGAGCUGAUCCAUGAGACGACCAGGACCGACGGGCUGACUUAUUCUCGUCAAACCCGAGACGGUCGGCCGAUCGGAGACAAGCCGUUCUUUCUCUCUUCCGAGCUUCCUGAGCAUUUGCGGGAUUUCAUCGAGACGGAAGCAAGCGAUCUGAGGGAGAGAGCUUCCAUGCCUCCACAUCUUCGCAAACGAACCAUCUCAGAUACGAGCAGAGGGGCGGCGCCAAACUCGCAGCCCGCUCCGAAGACGUUCUAUUACUACGGAGAAGGGUUUCACUAUAUCACAGGCCCACGAGGACACCAAUUUGCGAAGCUUGAUCCGUUCCGUGAGACAGCGGUCCAGUUCAAGCCGUAUCGCGAGCUGAGUGCCGCGGAGCAGGGUUCUCUCAAGAACCUCUUUCCUCAAAUCGAGGCGCACACUGCGAUAGUUCCGGAUGAACGUCUUUCGGGGCGCGAAGGCACGAUCUACGCGCAUGAUCGAGAAGCAGAACGGAUUAGGAGGACAGGGGGACAACAUGGCCCCGUCUAUAGUCGCUACACCAUGAGCAAACCAGCCGAACCGAUCGGAAGAGAGUCAGGCUACCGCCUCGAAGAACUUCCUGAUCAUCUGCGGGCUCUCAUCAGGAUGGAGCUGGACGCCGACGUUCCGAGGCAUGUCAUCCGCAAGCGAGCAGGAUCAGAUAAAGAAGCCGAUUCUGAUCAAGAGGCCGUCUCUGUUGUCGAGGAUCCUGAGGAAACCCCGUAA